AUGGUUCUGGAUAGUGGUGAUGGUGAUGAUGGUGGUGGUGAUGAUGAUGCUGGUGGCAGUAGUAGUGGUUAUGCUGCUGCUGCUGCUAUUGCUAUUAGAAUAUGCCUAUUUAUUGAUGAUGCUGAUGCUGAUGAUGCUGAUGCUGAUGUUGAUGUUGAUGAUGAUGGUAAUUGUGAUAAUGGUAAUGAUGGUGAUGAUGACGAUGAUGAUGAUGAUGAUGAUGAUCAGUGA